AGUUGUCUACUGAAGUCCUAACGGUUCACACGAUUAAAGCGCCUACACUAAUCCAUGUCGAAAGCGAAAAUCUUAUUACAAGAAAUAGUGAGGAAUAAUCAAUUUAAUAGGAUAUCGAGUAAAUUGAGACAACUUAAAGGUCGAAGUUAAAAAGUAUUCACAUUAAAAAGAGGUACAUCAACACGAGGUACGCUAACAAGACAAGAAUCAUGGCAUUGAUGUUAACGCUACCAUUGGUCGGUCUAAAACCAGAACACUUUUCCACAUUGAAUCUGAAGCUUCUUAAGCUCGAGAACGAACUGAAUUCGAGAAAUUCACCCGAUUCCGCACGGGCUUCUUCUCCAAGUACCGGAAGCGAGACCAGCGGCAUCAGCAGUCUCGUACUGUCCGGCGAAUCAGCAUCAGCCGAAUUAACGCCAGUUUCAUCGAGACCAGAGACUCCCACCAAAGUUCCGUACAAGGAGAAGACAAGUGCACCAUCGCUUCGCAUAAUGCACGGAGGGCGCGAUAUAUUGAAUUUAGGAGCAAAUAUCAGGCCAUCGUUCAAUUGGGAAAGAACAGAUCGAAAGUUGUCUCGAUACGAGAUUCAAAACAUUAUAGUCAAUCGUUCGGUGCAUUACCGAGCACGGGAGCAGCCACAUGAUGAUUAUUCAAUGAAACGCUGCGACGAAUGUGGAUUUUGUGAAUCAUCAUGCGUCUUUUAAUCGAGGUGACCGUGUAAUAAUUAAUGCGACAGUUAUUAGUAAUACCCAACGUCCAACAUCGUGGGCAACUAAAUUGCAAUAGACCAAAUAAGCGGCAGCCGGAAACGGAGACGUAUCGUAAAUCGAGCGACACAUAUAUAGAUAUAUAUAAGAUAUAUGUAUAGAUCUAAAUAUUUGGAAGGAAAUAAUGCGACGCGAUAUUUGCGAUAUAAAACGUGAAUAUAAAAAUAAUUCACAAUUAUUAACAACUUUAUUACUCGUAUAUUUGAAGAAUAUAUUGGCGAGAAAUUCAAGUGUAUAUGCAUAUUUAAAUAAUAUACGUUCCCUUACCGGAUACGGGCUGCAAUGGUCAUUAGAGUUUUUCUACAUUUUUAUAUCGUAUGAAAGUAGUGAAAUUAUAAGAGCUGAAAUAAAUUUUAUGUAAAUCAGAAUAAAAAUAAAUUAAGGUAAUCAAAGAUCUCUAUAGCGUCUAAUCUUAAACAUUAUACGGUACUGAAAUCUUUUUUUAUUACGAUAAGAAAUUAACUUUCAGCUCAAAUUGUAUGAUUCGUCCAUCUUUUAUGGAAUUCCCUCUCUAAUGGGAUAGCUUUAGCUUAUAGUGCGUAUGUACAUAAUUAUAUUUCGGACGAAUGACGAUAGUGGCUUUAAGAAUAUCAGCGCUUUAUAAAGCCGUCCGAGCAUAAAGUAUCGUGUGACUAUAACCGGCUUUCAUCGAACAAUCAAACGAUAUUAGAUCCUUUACGCACGGUAUGACGAUCUAACAUAAGAAAUUGAACAUUCGACUGGAAAAAAAAAAAAAAAUUGCAUGUUUAUUCGCAGUCGUAUUUUGUAAAGCAACACGCUGUUCAAAAAUUUUUCUACAUGUACUCUAUAUGUAUUUCUUUAUAUAAAAAUUUAUUAUAAUUUGAAGAUAUAUCUCAUUGUCAAGAUUGUCAUUGACGUAAGUCGAUCGUGUAUCGUUUUACAUUUUGCAAUCGUUUUACAUUUUUGCAAUCGUAUGAACAAGUGCCGUUACGCUUUAUGCAGCAUCGUUAUAUAAUGACGCACCGAUAGAUAAUAAUAUCGUGUAUCACGCAAUAUCACGAACGAUCGGCAAUUUAUCAGACGGCCGAAAAAACUCAAUCCUUACAUUUUCGCGGUAAAUGUAAUACCUGCUACGAAGGAUAUAAUAUACAAUUCUACGACGGCACAUAUUGCAUGUACAUCUUGACCAUUGUUUGAUUGCAUAAACAAUUUUUAUAUAUCUCAAUUGUUGCGCUAUCAUAAUUAUACCCAUUUUUAUACCAAAAUAAAAUCAUGUAAAACAUUUAUUC